AUGGCAGCUGUGGAAACGUCGAAGUAUCGUGGCUUUGAUGCUACUCCUGAAGCGCAAGGGCUGUAUGAUCCACGCAACGAGAAGGACAGCUGCGGAGUUGGAAUGGUAGCAGACAUCACAGGCACCCCGUCCCGGACCAUUGUCGAUGGGGCACUCCAGGUUUUGGAGAAUUUGGAUCACAGAGGUGCUCGUGGUUGUGAGAAGGACACCGGCGACGGUGCCGGAAUCUUGUGUGGCAUUCCUGAUCGCUUCAUGCGACGAGUUGCUUCGGAGUUGUCUGUCGAGCUGCCACCUCCACGUGAGUAUGCUGUGGGCAACGUUUUUCUUGACCGUGGCGAGGAUGGCACUCAAGAAGGCAAAAGGAUCUUUGAGCAGGUGUGCGCUUCUAUUGAUGGUCUCCGCAUCAUUGCAUGGCGCCGUGUGCCCGUGGACUCCGAGUGCUUGGGCAAAACUGCCAAAGAUCACGAGCCGACCAUCGAGCAAGCGUUCAUUGCUGCAGAGGGUGCCUUGAAGACCGACCUGACAAAGUUCGAAGCUGCUCUCUUCGUUCUCCGCAAGCGUGCUGCCAACCUGGCUGCUCAACAGCCCGGUCUUCCAUUCUAUGUGUGCUCGUUGUCUCCUAGAAUCAUCAACUACAAGGGCAUGCUGACAUGUCCAGGUCUUGUUCGGUACUUCUUGGACCUGCAGGAGGAUGACUUUGAAUCUCAUGUUGCGCUGGUCCACAGCCGCUUCUCCACCAACACCUUCCCAGCCUGGAAGCGUGCACAUCCCUUUCGGCACAUUUGCCACAAUGGUGAAAUCAAUACGCUCAAAGGAAAUGUGAACUGUGCUCGCGCACGUGAAGGAUUGAUGAAGUCCGACCUUUUGGGUCCUGAGCUGGAGCAGUGCUUUCCGUUGAUCGAGAUGGACCAAACGGACAGUGGGAUUUUUGACAACUUCUUGGAAGUGCUGACAAUUUCAGGGCGAACGCUGCCAGAAGCAGUGGCCAUGAUGAUGCCACCUGCAUGGGAGAACUCUGACUCCAUGGACCCCACUCUCAAGGAUUACUACAAGUACCAAGCAGCAAUCAUGGAACCUUGGGACGGGCCAGCAUUGGUCUGCUUCACGGACGGUGAUGGCGUCGGAGCCUCGCUCGACAGGAACGGGCUCAGGCCGUGCCGUUAUUAUGUGACCAAAGACAACAAGCUGAUUGUGUCUUCCGAGUGCGGUGUGCUGAAGAUGCCUUCCGACACCAUCGUUGCCAAGGGGCGCUUGUCACCAGGCAAGAUGCUGUGGGCGGACUUCAACAAACAUGUCCUGACCCAGGACGGUGAGCUGAAGACAAAAUUUGCUUCGGUUUCGCCUUGGGGCGAUUGGUUGAAGAAUGAAGCAAUGACCAUGGAGACGCUGCUGAAUGCGGGCUCGUCGACGCUCCCAGCAAUUCCUGAUGACCUGCGCGCUCCGCUUCUGCGGGCGUUUGGCUACACGCAGGAAUCCUUGGAGUUGCUGCUCCUUCCCAUGGGCAGGGAUGGUGAGGAAGCUCUGGGGAGCAUGGGCAACGACACACCUUUAGCUUGCCUCUCUGAACAAAAUCGUCCCGUUUUCGACUUCUUCUACCAGCUCUUCGCACAGGUGACCAACCCGCCCAUUGAUCCCAUUCGCGAGUCGGUCGUGAUGUCACUAGGAUGCUGGGUCGGUCCGGAAGCCAAUGUAUUGGGCUCACCUAGCCCUCAGCACUGCCAGCGUUUGUGGUUGGACAAGCCUUGCCUGCUUCCGGCCGAAAUGGCUGCCUUAGCUCGCACUACGGACAUCAAGGGCUGGACUAUCAAAACUUGCGACGUGACGUUCCCUGUCACAGAAGGUGCCACCGGCAUGGAGCGCCACCUUGCCCGUGUGUGCAAAGAGGCAACUACAGCUGCCAAGAACGGCUUUCAAAUUAUCGUUCUCUCCGACAGGUCUGUGUCUGAACAGCACGCUCCGAUGCCUUCGCUCCUCAUCAGUGGAGCUGUUCAUCAGGCGCUUGUUUCUGAGAAGCUCCGCACCAAGGUUGCACUGGUGCUGGAGAGUGGAGAGCCCUUCGAAGUGGCACAUCAUGCGCUCUUGCUCACCUUCGGUUGUGAUGCCAUCUUCCCUUACAUGGCAUAUGAAGCCAUUCAAGUUCUGGGAAACGAGGGCAAGUUCGGAGCCGACUGGUCAAAGGAAGACAAGUUCGCGAAGUACCAGAAGGCUGUGGGAAAGGGCCUGCUGAAAAUCAUGGCCAAGAUGGGCAUCUCGACGCUGCGCAGCUACAAGGGUGCUCAGAUCGCAGAUGCCAUUGGUCUGGGCAAGGAAGUGGCAGAGAUGUGCUUCACUGGCAUUGCAAGUCAGCUUGGUGGCCUCGGCUUUGAGCAGAUUGCUCUGCGGUCGCUCACGGUUCAUGAUCGUGGCUUCUCUCCCGACGGCAAUUACACCGUGAAGAGCUUGUUCUCCAGCUUGCCCAACGAAGGCAAAUACCACUACCGUCAAGGAGCCGAUGCCGAGAAGCACCUCAACGAUCCGAUGGUGAUUGCCAAGCUUCAGGAGGCUGCCAGAACAAACUCUCGCGCAGCUUAUGCGUCCUUUGCGACUCUUCACAACAAUCUGGUCAAAGCUUCGUCGAUCCGUGGCCAGCUUGACUUCAAGCCACCAAGGCAGUACGGCCGAGCACCACUUCCUCUAGAAGCUGUAGAGCCAGCAAGCGAGAUUGUGAAGCGGUUCCGCACAGGUGCCAUGUCCUACGGCUCGAUCUCCAUGGAGGCCCACAGCACGCUUGCGAUCGCAAUGAAUCGGCUCGGUGGAUUCUCCAACACUGGCGAGGGAGGUGAAGAUCCGUUGAGGUAUGAGCCGCUACCCAAUGGAGAUUCCUUGAAGUCAGCCAUCAAACAGGUGGCAUCGGGCCGCUUCGGUGUGACGAUGGAGUACCUGGCCAAUGCUCAAGAGCUGCAGAUCAAGAUGGCUCAGGGAGCAAAGCCAGGUGAAGGUGGAGAGCUUCCAGGAAAGAAGGUGCAUGGAGGCAUUGCCAAGACGCGCAACUCCACCCCUGGGGUUGGCCUUAUCUCGCCUCCACCCCAUCACGACAUCUACUCCAUCGAGGACCUUGCUCAGCUCAUCUUCGACCUCAAGAACUCAAACCCGGAUGCAGGUGUCAGUGUCAAGUUGGUGAGUGAGAUCGGAGUCGGCGUUGUGGCCACUGGCGUGGCGAAGUGCAAGGCAGACCACAUCCUGAUCAGUGGAUGUGAUGGUGGCACUGGUGCAUCCAAGUGGACAGGCAUCAAGCACGCAGGCGCUCCUUGGGAAAUCGGCUUGGCCGAGACUCACCAGACCUUGGUGCUGAACGGCCUUCGUGGUCGCGUGACUCUGGAGACUGAUGGACAGCUCCGCACUGGUCGUGAUGUGGUCAUCGCUGCACUGUUGGGAGCCGAGCGCUUCGGCUUUGCCACGGCACCGCUCAUUGCUAUGGGUUGUAUCAUGAUGCGCAAGUGCCACCUCAACACAUGCCCGGUCGGAAUCGCAACGCAAGAUCCUGUUUUGCGGAAGAAGUUCGAGGGACUGCCAGAGCACGUGGUGAACUACCUCAUGCUCGUUGCUGAGGAGGUGCGAGUGCUGAUGGCAAAGAUGGGGUUCCGGAACAUGGACGAGCUUAUUGGCCAUGCUGAGGUAUUGCGCACGGAUCCCGCAGUCCGCACUGGGCCUCUGUUGCUGGACCCGAUCCUGGCGGCGGCACACCAGCUGCCUGAUGCCGGCAAAAUGGGCAACAUCGAGAAUCGCAAGCUCUAUGGCCAGGAGCACUUCAUGGUUCUGCAGAGGAUGAUCGACCGCACAUUAGUGGAGGACUGCAAGAUGACUUUCCGCUACGGCGAGCGUUCCUAUGUUCAGUACCAUCAUCUGAACAAUGCUGACCGGACUUGCGGAACCUUGUUGUCUCAUGAGAUCUUCAAGCGCUGGGGUAGCAGCCUUCCUCCUGGGACGUGCCACAUGAAGCUAUUUGGCACUUCGGGACAGUCCUUUGGGGCCUUCUCGGUGAAGGGCGUGCUGCUCGAGUUGGAGGGUGACUCUCAGGACUACUUCGGCAAGGGCUUGAGCGGUGGUGCCCUUGUUGUGUACCCGCCAAAGAAGGCUGUGGAGGAAGGCUUCGAUGCCGCAAAGAACAUCAUCAUUGGAAACACAGCGCUGUACGGAGCAACGUCGGGCGUUUGUUUCGUGAAUGGCAUCGCUGCGGAGCGAUUUGCAGUGCGCAAUUCGGGUGCCUGGGCCGUUGUGGAGGGAGCUGGCGACCAUUGUUGCGAGUACAUGACAGGCGGGCGUGUCCUUGUUCUUGGACAAGUCGGAGACAAUUUUGGUGCAGGAAUGAGUGGUGGGAUCACAUGGAUCUGGGAUCCUUCCAAGACCUUCGAGAACCGCUCGGUGCCAGCGGACCUGGAAGUCGGGCGCCUUGCCGCCGAUGCACCCCCCGCGGAGUACCAGCAUGAAGAGAAGGACUUGAAGUCGCUCUUGAAUGCCCACAAGAGCUGGACCAACAGCAAGCGAGCCGACGAAAUUCUCAAGCGCUGGCCUGCAUGCAUGUCUGAGUUUGUGCGGGUGUUCCCCAAGGACUUCAAGGCAGCUGUCAAGGCGGCCAUCGACCGUGGCGAGCACACUCCCAUAGGCUCUAUGCGCGAGUUCCUGCCGGCACAAGAAGUCCUCAAUGACCAUUCCAACAAGCAGCGCAUUCGCAAGCAGCCCAAGGCUCGGAAGAGUUCCUUCCAGGAGGAGGACGCCCCUGGAGCCAGCAUGGACAUUGAAGACGUCGCUCUGUUCCAGAAGACGACGAAGGGAAGCCGCCCAAAGAAGAUCGAGGACGCCAAGCUGGUGGCCUCUUCCAACCGAGGCUUCUUGGAGGUGGACCGUGGUGACCUUCCGAAGCGAGGAGUGGAGGAGCGCGUUGCUGACUUCAAGGAAAUCCUGGCGAAGAAGGACGAGGUGGAGGUCCAGACCCAGGCCUCCCGGUGUAUGGACUGUGGCACGCCCUUCUGCCAUCAGUCCGUAACGGAUAAGUCCGGAUGCCCACUUGGCAAUCUUAUCCCUGAAUGGAACGACCUGGUUCGAAAGGGUGCCUGGUUCGAUGCUUUCAAACGUCUCAUGGCGACCAACAACUUCCCCGAGUUUACUGGGCGGGUUUGCCCGGCUCCUUGCGAAGGCGCCUGCACACUGGGGAUCAUCGACGAUCCAGUUGCCAUCAAGUCGGUGGAGCUGAGCAUCAUCGACAAGGCUUACGAGAUGGGCUGGAUGGUGCCAAGCCCGCCCAAGGUCCGAACAGACAAAAGGGUCGUCGUGGUGGGCUCGGGGCCAUGUGGCCUAGCAGCCGCAGAUCAGCUAAACAAGAUGGGGCACCGCGUCACGGUCCUUGAGCGAGCAGAUCGCGUUGGAGGACUCAUGAUGUAUGGUGUGCCCAACAUGAAGACCGACAAGAUGGAUGUUGUCCAGCGACGAGUGGACAUCAUGAAGCGCGAGGGCAUCACCUUCGUCACUGGCCCUGCCGGGCGUGUCGCAGAGAGCGUCGAGGCGCACAUCGAAGGCACAAAUAUGGGUCCGAGAGCUUCGCAGCUGCUGGAGGAGUAUGAUGCGGUGUUGCUGUCUGUUGGUGCCACUGUUGCCCGAGACAUGCAAUCAGUGCCGGGACGUGACCUCAGCGGCAUUCACUUGGCGAUGGAUUACUUGACCCACAAUACCAAGGCCCUGCUGGAUGGUGGUGAUGUUAGCAACAAGUGGCGACGAUGGUGGGGAGCAAAGAAGAAUGGCCUCGACCCGAAGACGCUGGACGCCAAGGACAGGAAAGUCAUUGUCAUCGGAGGUGGUGACACCGGCAACGACUGUAUCGGCACAGCUGUGCGUCAGGGUGCCAAGUCCGUUGUGAACCUUGAGCUGAUGGGAAAGCCCCCGAAGCAGCGCGCUCCGCACAAUCCCUGGCCGCACUGGCCGAUGGUCUUCAAGGUGGAUUAUGGCCACGAAGAGGCUUCCACCCAGUUGAACAACGACCAGGACAUCCGACACUAUGGGGCUCUGACCAAGGAGUUCCUGGACGAUGGCCAGGGCAACGUGAAAGGCAUCAAGAUGGUGAACGUCCGAUGGGAGAAAAUUGAUGGCCAGAUGCGGAUGAUGGAACAACCCGGCAGUGAGAGAAUCAUUGAAGCAGACUUGAUUCUGCUUGCGCUUGGCUUCCUAGGCCCAGAGAAUCCUCUGGCUGCGGCCUUUGGCGUUGACAUGGAUGAGCGUGGCAACUACAAGGCCCUGUACCAAAAGAGCGAAGGGGACUUCCAGACGUCGAAUCCGAAGGUCUUUGCAGCAGGUGAUUGCCGACGAGGGCAGUCUUUGGUUGUCUGGGCAAUCAAGGAGGGCCGUGAUGCCGCUACAGCUGUCAACGGCUACCUUACCAGCAGCGAGUACCCUGCAUGA